CAGCCCCAUCUUCCAGUACCGAACCGCGCGGCUCGAGAACUUCCGCGCCGACUCCGCCCACCGCCGCGAUGUCGUGCUGGGCCGCAGGCCGCCGCUCGUCGGCGGAGAACGCCGGCGCGGGGGGCGCCAUUAAGACGGUGGCGGCGCGGGCUGGGAAGCGCGUCGCCCUCGGGGAACUCACCAACGUCUUCCGCGGCCGCGGGAGGUCGUCUGGCUCCGCGACCGAGGCGAAAUUGAGUUCAACCAAACCAGUUGAUGUGAAGAAUAAGGGAUCCUUUGCAAGCCUGCGCAAUGUAAAAACGGGACGAGGUUCUAUCAGGAAACUGACCUCUGACCAAUUUGAUUGGACAGUAUCACACCAUGACAGUGUCCUUCAGAAGGAGAAUGCCUCUUUCCCUUCUGUGCCUAACGUUGUACCAAUAGGUAGCAGCUCACCUGGCCUGACGGAUGAUUCAGUCUCCAUGGAGGACGCUAUGUCAACAUGCAACUCAAUAGAAAGCUCCGAUCUUGAGUUCCUUGAUGACGAGGACUCCUCACUGGCAGCUUCUUUGCAUUGUUGGGCCGAUGAUAAGCUUCAUAUCUCAGAUAGUAAGGAAGUUGUAGCAUUCAAGUGGAGGAAACAUAGUCCUAUCUCUAUGAAAUCUGAUAAUAUCUCUGACCUCGACAACAACUAUGAGGAUCCACAACAUUGUGCAACUCUUGACUACGAAAUUUAUGAGAACUUGCGAGAGGCUGAGACUAGGAAAAUGCCUUCAACACAUUUUGUGGAAACCACUCAGACAGAUAUGAGCACAACCAUGAGGGCGGUGUUAAUAGAUUGGCUUGUAGAAGUCACAGAAGAAUAUCGUCUUGUUCCUGAUACCUUGUACCUCACUGUCAAUUACAUUGACCGUUAUCUUUCUGUCAAAGAGAUCAAUCGGAACAGACUGCAAUUGCUGGGUGUUGCCUGCUUACUUAUAGCUGCGAAGUAUGAAGAAAUAUGCCCACCCCAAGUAGAAGAGCUCUGCUAUAUUACUGACGGUUCAUACACUAAGGAAGAGGUUUUGCAAAUGGAAGCUUCUGUCCUGAAUUACUUGAAGUUUGAGAUGACGGUACCUACACCAAAAUGUUUUCUAAGUUCCUGCCAAUUCUAUGUGCUGUCCCAACAGGCUGAAACCUUUUUCUUUCUGCAGGGCUCAACUCUGCAUCUUGAGUUCUUAGCCAACUAUAUCUGUGAGCUGUCACUUCUUGAGUAUAGUUUGCUUUGCUAUCUACCUUCAUUGGUAGCUGCCUCUUCUGUUUUCUUGGCAAGGUUUAUCCUUAAACCAACAACAAACCCAUGGAAUUCGUCGCUUUCUUACUACACGCAGUACACACCAUCUGAGUUGCGUGGUUGUGUAAGGGUACUACACCGGCUCUUCCGUUUUGGCCCUGGAAGAGAUCUUCCCGCUAUCAGGGAAAAGUACAGUCAACAUAAGUACAAAUUUGUAGCAAAGAAGUACUGCCCACCAUCAAUUCCCACUGGCUUCUUCCAGGAUGCGACCAGUUAGAAGCUGAGAUCACUUCUAGUUAUUCACUGAAACUUUCUGUGGCUCUUAGUGUGAGUUCGUUCUGUACAGAUUGCUGUGCAUGCAAGGCAUACGCGUGGCCUUGUGUUUAGCUGAUUGAUGGGUGUACAUAACUGUAGGUGGAACAGGUGCAGCUAUGUUCAGUUUCAUGUGGGAAUGUUGUGGUUUCUUCUGGCAUCGUCUAGUACUCAACUGAUGUGCUCUUCUUUUCCCACUCUGUAGAGUUGUAUCCAUAUUGUACGUUUGCCAAACUUGUAUCAUAUGGUUCUGGACCUUGCUCAUAGCAAAGAUAGAUAGUUUAGCUAAAGAUCAAGUGUACUCAUUGCUAUCUUUGGUUAUUGUGUGGAUUAUUUUUUCUUUC